UUGUGUGUUGGUUCCACAUACCGAAUAGAAGAGCGAGAAGCAGAAAAAAAAGAACGUUCAUAAGUACGGGAUUCAUAAUAAUAAGAAGAAAAAGAAGAGCAAAAUAAAGCACACACAACCUAGCAAUCGCCAUUCGCGCGCAUCUCACGUUCACGACAAUUCAUUUGGCAAGUGAUGAAAUAAUAAUACAAUUAUUGUAUUUUUAUCUAGUUAAAUAUUAUAAAUUAAAAAUAUCGUGUAAGUGGCAAAUAAUUAUUUGAAAAUUGAUUCAUUUGUAAAAUUGUCAAAUGCGACAAAGACAUUUGCAAAAGACCGAACAGAAGGCACAAAAAAAAUUAUUCAGAAGAGAGGUAAAUAACAAAUCGGAGUGUGUGCAUCUAAUCGUGUGGUAGAAUAUACGAAGAAAAAAAUCUAUACACACUGUGUGUGUGAAAAAGUGAUUGGAACUGUUCGGAAAGAAAAGAAAAAAAAAAUUUUUUGUUAGCAUACACAAAUGUGUGUAUAUGAUUUUUGCGAUAGCAAAUAAAAGGGAAAAAAACGUAACAAAACUGAAAAUUGUAUUAAAAAACAUUGCAUGCUUACAGAGCGAAGAUUUUUUGGUUUUUUUCGAGCGGGAAAACCGAACGAAACACAUUCAUUUCGAUCAACAUUGUGAGAACAAACGGUGAAAUUGAACAGUGAACAUUAAGUUGCGGAUAAAUAUAUAUAUAUACAAAGAUAAAAAGAAUAAUAGAAUUUCGUGUGUGUGACACCGAUAGCGAGACCAAGUGUGAAACCGACAUAAACGAAGUAAUUUAAUGUGCUCGAUCGAUUUUCUAUCAUAAUGGAUCCAGCAAAAUUAAAGGUUGUCGAACUACGUGCUGCAUUAGCAGCUCGCGGUCUCGAUCAAAAGGGUGUUAAAGCCAUUUUAGUAUCACGUUUGCAAGCCGCAUUGGACCAAGAACAACAAAAUUUGGAUGCAGCAGUCACUACAGAUGUCGAUUCGUCAGUGCUACAACAACAACAACAACAACAAGAUCCAAGUAUUAUAGAAAAUCAAUUCCUACCUGAAGAGCAGUUUCAAGUACAAACAGAGCCACCCGUUCUUCCGGACACAUCAACGCAAUAUUGCGAAGAAUUGCCGACCAAUGAACCUGAAUCGGCUCCAAUCCAAUAUGAAGCACCAAUACCACCACCACAGCAGCAGCAGUCGCCACAGCAGCAACCGCAGCAAGAAGAGGCAGAGGCUCAGUUCUUUAAUCAAAAUCAAAUACAACAACCGCAGCAGCAGUCGCCAGAGCAGCGGCAGCCACAACAAUUUCAAGUGGACGACGAUGACGAAGAUGAAAGUCAAUCUUCACGAAGUGAAAAUGAAAGCAAUGGCGAUGAAAAUAAUUACAAUCAAAAUGAUGAUGUAUCAUGCGAACCGGCUGAACAUCAACAAUUUGCCAGCACCGAAGAGCCAAUGGAAACGGAGCAAGCGGACAGCUUGAAUGAAUUUGCAAAUCAAAAUAUUAGUGAAUCAAAUACAAAUCAUGAGUUAAAUGAGUUAAAUGAACCAACUGAAAGUGAGGAAAUCACACCAACAAAGCAACCGGAAUCAAAUGAACCGAUGACAACAGAAGAUACAAAUGACGAUGAUGAAGAAAAAUUAUCGACUAAAAAUGGCAACGAAAAAGAUGAAAUUGGAGAGGAGAGUAAAAGCCCGAACCGUGACAAGGACAAACAAACACCCGAAAAAGAUUCAGAAAAACAAGAGAGUCGAAAACGUAAGCGUUCACGUUCAAAGUCAAAAUCACCGCCAGCCAAACGAGCCAAUCGACGUGCAUCACCUGCCCGUAACACCGACGACUUUACAAACGAAGAAGACGAACCGGAAUUCGAUGAGAAUGCCGUUCUUUUGAGUUGGUACGAUUCGGAUUUAAAUUUGGCCAUCAAUAAACCCGAUCUAUGUUCAGCUCGUCCAUUAUCUGAUGGUGUAUUGGCAUUGGCCUGGGCUGGUGCACGUUCAACAUACGGUGUGAACAGUGGAAAAGUUUGCUAUGAAGUUCAAGUCAAUGAAAUCAAUCGAGUACAAAAUUUAUCCGAAGAACGUAAUUUAUAUGAAUUACGUUGUGGUUGGUCGAUAUUAUCGGAUAAUUUACAACUCGGCGAAUGUAAUCUAUCGUUUGGUUACAGUGGUUGCGCUAAAAAAGCCAACGAUAAUGUAUUCAGUGAAUACGGUAUAAAAUAUGGUUCACGUGGCGAUGUUGUUGGUGUUUAUUUGGAUUUGGAUAGUACGCCAUGUUCAAUUCAGUAUACAGUCAAUGGUGAAUCGCAAGGAACUGCAUUUGAAUUUAAUAAAGAUGAUUUGAAUGGUGCAUCAUUAUAUCCACAUAUUUUAACGAAAAAUCUUGCUUUUACUGUUAAUUUUGGACAAUGUUCAAAACUACUUGUGAAUGAAGAACGUCCAAAUCGUGCACGACGCGAUGAAAGUUCACGUCGCGAUAAAAACAAAGAUAAACGAAGCAAAGAUUCAAGAAAGAGUAGCUCACCAAGCAGUCAAACGACAUCGGAUGAUAAGAAAAAAUCCACCAAAAAAUCAGAACCACAAAAAUGCGACGAAAAAACUGAAGAAAAAACAACGGUUGAAGAAGGCACCGAGAGCAAUACCGAGACCAAUGCCGAGAGCAAUACCGAGACCAAUGCCGAGAUCAAUGCCGAAUCCAAUGUUGAUGCCAACACUGACGUUAACGCCGAAACGAAAGAACAACCAGAUGAAAGUGGCGGCGAACAAGGACCGGAUAAGGAAAAAGUGCCCGCAUCCGAAAAUGGUGACAGCAAUGAUGAUGCCAAAAAUGGCGAAAAAGACAAACCAAAUGAAUUGCAACAAAAAGAAUAUUCACUUCUGCCCGGCUAUCAAUUGAUUGGAACGAUUGGCAUUGAAAAUUUGGUUCAGGGUUACCAAAGACCAAAAACUCGUAAUGAAUGCGAAGUCAUUCUUUUAAUUGGAUUACCCGGCGCCGGUAAAACACAUUGGGCCAAUCAGCAUUCCAAAGACAAUAUUGAAAAACAUUAUAAUAUACUUGGUGUACAGAAUCUACUCAGUAAAAUGACGGUUUGUGGAGAGUCAAGAAAAAAACAUCAUUCGCAUGGACGAUGGGAACGAUUUAUAGACUGGGCCACAAGAGGUCUUCACUCCAUUCAAGAUAUUGCCGUUAAGAAGCGCCGUAACUAUAUUUUGGAUCAGGCAAAUGUAUUGGCAUCUGCUCAACGUCGAAAAAUGAAGGGGUAUGGUGAGUUUAAGCGCAUUGCUACCGUUAUAAUUCCCGAUGAUGCCACCCACAAAGAACGCUAUGAUAAAGUAACCGAAAAAAUUGUAUCCGAAAAUGCACUCAAUGAGAUGAAAGCUAACUUUACUCUGCCCUCCACCGAUUUUGGAUGGUUCGAUGAAGUAACAUACACCGAAUUGGACGAAGAGGAAUCAAAGAAAAAAGUGCAGGAAUUCAAUGAAAAAGGCAAAAAAGCGACAAAAGAACGUGAACGUGACAGUGAUCGUGGUGAUCGUCGACGAGAUGAUAAUCGUGAUCGUUAUGGUCGUGACCGCCGAAAUUGGGGCCAAUCGUCUUCCGAUCGUCGUUGGAGACAUCAACAGGGCUCAUCAUCUCAGUGGCAUAAUAGAGGCAUUGGUGGCGCUAGUAGUGGCGGCGGAGGCGGUGGCGGCGGCGGUGGCGGCGGCGGUGGUAGAAGUCGCGAUAAAUGGCAUGGCAGCGGCAAUAAUUGGGGCAAUCGACGAUAUGAUUAUCCAAAUCAUCGUGAUAGAAGGCACGAUGACCGACGCGGCGGUGGAGAUGAUUUUUCACGCAACUACGAUAGAAAACCACCAAACCGCGACUACAAUCGUGGACGUGACAAACGUGAGGGCAGUGGCGUUAGCGGCGGCGGCGUUUCUGAUAAACAUGGAUCGAAACGUGAUAAAGACAACCAUUCAAGCAGCAGAAGUAGUUAUAGUUCGAAAGGUAGCGGUAGUCAUUGGAACACGAAUAAAUCAAUGAGCUCAAACAGUCGCGAUUACGGUUCAUACUCAUCUAUGUCGUCUUCUCAACAGUCUUCAGCAUCAAGUAACUGGGCAGCGGCGACCAGCAGUUACACACCACAACAACAGCAAUGGUUGCAAUGGCAACAACAAGGUCCCAUAAUGCAAGCAAGUCAGCACCAAAGCCAACAACAGCAUCAGCAAGGUAAUAAUGCCCAAUGGUGGCCACAACAACAGCAACAGGCAUCUGGAAAUCAUCAAGGAUGGCAGAAUUGGGCUCAAUAUGCACAAGCAUAUGGGGUGAAUGCUUCAAAUAGCAAUGGAGCAAACAUGGGAAAAAAAUAAGAGUUAGGAUGAACGAGAAAUAAAUAACAAAAAUACAAAUGAUUUUUUUACCAAUAGUAAAUUUCUGUACACAA